CUCUCUCACACACCACAGCUCCAGCAUAUAUACAUAUACACAUGUAUGUUGAUUGAACGAAUCAUUUCUAAUACUAUCGAUCUAUCUAUAUUAUAUAGAUGCACAGACUCUCUGGUAAACACAGCACGAGGACUCGCAAAAGUUGACGCCAAAUAUAUUUAUGAUUUGGGCAGCCACUUAAACUUUUCGCAGAUGCAUACCAUCAAAUGAAUCCAACCAAGAACACGCACUACACACACUACACACGUUGCGUGAGUGAGAGAGGGAAACACAUGAAUUUUGUGAACUAAACUCAAGCAAUCAUUUUUAUUCAUUUCUUUUUCACCUCGCCAGCACAUGGCUUCUUCCCAAGUUUCCUAAAUCCCACUUUUUUUUUUCCUUCCUUCUCACCAUUUUUCAUUUUUGUGUAUGUUUUUCUAAAAAAAUUCUUGAGGUUUCAGCACAUGCCCUCCUCUCAUCACCCACCGGCCAUCUCACCCUCUCUCUGUCUCUACAUUUUCUAUUUGCUCCCGAAACUUGGCCUGUUGUUAUUUGUUUUUUAUUUGACUGAGCAGUCCAAAGAGAUUCUUUCAGAUCUACAGUGAAAAGUUUUUAGGCCGUGGAUGAGCUUCUAGCCUUUUGUUGUUCUUCAAGCACUCCAGUUCCCAUAAAUUUUUAUCAAAAAGGCAUCAAAACACCGAUAAGGCUGAAAUAGAUAAAGAAAAGAAGAAGAUGUUGAUUCUUGAUAGAACUACAUUAUUGAAUUAGUGAAGAAAAGAGUAGUUGUUGAGAGAGAAUCAUAGACAAGAAUGGGGUGUGAGAUGGAGAGUGAUCAACCCGAGGAUUUGGACGUCGUGCUCACUUCAAUGUGGCCGGAAGACAUGAAUGAAGCAGGGAGGCAGUUCAACGUGGAGAGGCCCGGAGCAGAUCAAGACAUGUUGGAGGAGGUCACCAUCAACAAAGAGCCUAACAUAGUCGAUUUUCAGAGGCUGAUGGAGCUGACAAACUAUAGUGACAAAGGCAACUGGCAGCUGGCCAAGUUGGUGAAGAAUUGGGAGUUCAAGCAGGCGAAUGUUGUGCGCCUCCUGAAGGAGGAGCUCGACCAGCUCAGCAAGCAGCAGCAGGAAGUGGAGCUCAAGAAGCUCGAGAUUUUGGAGGAGCAUCGCUUUGAGAAGGAUGGAUAUGGUGGCGACAAGCGUCCCAUCUCCAUUCUUGAUGAGAACCUGAGGUAUUUGUAUCAAGAUGCUCCUAAGAGGAGGAAAGAUGUGGUCUCCCAAGGCGAGAUUGUGGCUAUAGACGCAGAGUAUGACAGCGUUGUGUACUGGAAACAGCGAGCAAUGCAUCUUGAGAAGCUUCUAGAAGCUAGCCUCCAGAGGGAGCAAGUGUUGGUGGAGAAGUUGCAAGAGAGUAUAGAGAAUUUGGAGAGGCAGUCGACUCCUGUGGAGGAGCUGUCUCAGGUUUUGAAGAGAGCCGAUAACUUCCUGCAUUUCGUCCUCCAAAAUGCUCCUGUUGUUAUAGGCCAUCAGGAUAAGGAUAUGCGGUAUAGGUUCAUCUUCAAUCAUUUCCCGAGUUUGGGAGAGCAGGAUAUCAUAGGCAAAACGGAUGUGGAGAUCUUCACUGGCGCUGGCGUGAAGGAGUCUCAAGACUUCAAGAUGGAGGUUCUUGAACGCGGAUUGCCUGCAAAGAGGGAGAUCACGUUUGAAACAGAGCUGUUUGGUUCAAAGACAUUCUUGAUCUAUGUGGAACCUGUUUUCAGCAAGGCUGGAGAGACCAUUGGUGUAAAUUACAUGGGGAUGGAAGUUACUGAUCAGGUGAGGAAAAGGGAGAAGAUGGCGAAACUUAGAGAGGAAAUUGCUGUGCAGAAGGCCAAGGAGACAGAGCUUAACAAGACCAUCCAUAUCACAGAGGAGACAAUGCGCGCAAAACAAAUGCUGGCAACAAUGUCACAUGAGAUAAGAUCUCCUCUCUCCGGAGUUGUGAGCAUGACCGAGAUUCUUGCAACCACUAACCUCGAUAAAGAGCAAAGGCAGCUGUUGAAAGUGAUGUUGUCUUCUGGAGAUUUGGUUCUCCAACUGAUCAACGACAUCCUCGAUCUCUCCAAGGUGGAGUCAGGAGUUAUGAAAUUGGAGGCGACCAAGUUUAGACCGAGAGAGGUAGUGAAGCAUGUGCUGCAAACAGCAGCAGCAUCACUACAGAAAUUACUGACAUUAGAAGGUCAUGUAGCAGAAGAUGUUCCCAUUGAGGUUAUCGGAGAUGUCCUAAGGAUUCGACAAAUUCUUACCAACUUGAUCAGUAAUGCCAUCAAAUUCACUCAUGAAGGAAAAGUUGGAAUAAAUCUGUAUGUGGUUCCGGAGCCAAGCAAUGUAGCCGAGCAAGGCUCAGAGAAGAAUUCUCGAGAUCAGUCAACUGCUUCAGCCAACACUAAUGGACAUGCUAAUGAUAAUAGUGCCUCUUGUGAAGAACCCGAGCUCAACAAUACGCCUUGUGAUCAAGAUGGUGAUCAAAUGGAUGAGGACAAAGAGAGUCGAACAAAGCCUGAAGAACGAGUAGUGUGGAUCCGGUGUGAUGUCUACGACACUGGCAUUGGAAUACCUGAGCAUGCUAUGUCGACUCUGUUCAAGAAAUACAUGCAAGUUGGGGCGGAUACAGCUCGAAAGUAUGGUGGGACAGGACUAGGCCUUGCAAUCUGUAAACAACUGGUUGAGCUUAUGGGAGGCUAUCUGACUGUGACCAGUGUCGAGCAUCACGGGUCUACUUUCACAUUCGUGCUGCCUUAUAAGGUGUCGUCAGUCUCUGAUUCUGAUGACACAGACGAACUGUCUGAUACAGACCACCAAGAUGUCCCAGGCGAUGAUGGCUAUGACGAUGAUCUAAAUUCAGGGGUGUUCCUGUUCCAGCCCCGGACUUUGGGCACUUUGUUCUCUUCCCAAAUGAAUGGAAGGAUUCCAAAGCUCUUGCCAAAUAGUUAUGGAAACAACUGCAAUGGUUUGCUUGAGGACUGCCCUUCGCCUUCUAGUAACAUUGCAAGCAACGAGAGCGCCUCAGAAGAAGGCUCUAAUUCGAGUGCUGGUGCAAUGCUUGAAAUCCAGCAUGCUAGCAGUAGUAAAUCAGGUGCAGAACAAGAACAAGAACAAGAUCAAGGCCGUUUUCAUUGUACAGCUCAAGAGACGAUCUCUGAAUGCUCUUCCACAGAGAGAAGUGGAGCUGAGACGAAACACAAGAUCCUGCUGGUUGAGGACAACAAGAUCAAUAUCAUGGUAGCCAAAUCUAUGAUGAAACAGUUGGGCCAUACCAUUGAUGUCGUCUCCAAUGGAGCAGAAGCUGUGCGUGCAGUUCAACGCACCACUUACCAUCUCAUUCUAAUGGAUGUAUGCAUGCCGGUUAUGGAUGGUCUUGAAGCUACAAGAUUGAUCCGAUCUUUUGAGGAAACGGGGAGCUGGGAAGAGGCUGUGAAGGCCGGAGUGGAGAUGGAGACGACGUCUUGCUCAACUUCUCAUCUAGAGAAAACAAGAAAGAGGGUUCCUAUCAUUGCGAUGACAGCGAACACAGAAUCAGAAAGCGCAGACGAAUGCUAUGCAAAUGGUAUGGACUCGUUUGUGUCGAAGCCUAUUGCUUUGCAAACCUUGAAACAAUGCCUGCAGAGCUAUUUGGUUUGAAAUAUGCAAGAUUUGUACAGAAAAGUUAGGAAAGUUUUGACAUAUCCAUCCAUGUAUAGCCCUCUUCUGUUUCCUCAUUAGUGUUUAGCAUCUCUGCAUUGUGCCAAGUUUGUUUGUAUGUGAAAAAUUUGAGUGGUAUAUAUUGGGAAUUGCUUCUCC